AUGGGCGAUUUCCUCCCCAAUUCCCGUCGAACCGUCCGCACGUUGGACUUUGCCGACUUUCUGCAUGGCGAUUCCAACAAACAGAGCAAGUUUUGCCGAGAGCUCAUUGAGUGCCUCAGCACUGUGGGAUUCGUAAAGCUCGUGAACCACGGGAUUAGUGAGAAAGAGCUCUAUGAAGUGUUUGAAUGGAAUAAGAGGUUUUUCUCACUCCCCCUCGCCGCGAAGACGAAAGCGGCGCACCCAUAUGGUCCAAAUCCCCAUCGCGGCUACAGCUACAUCGGGCAGGAGAAGUUGUCCAAGGUCAAGGACUACGAAAAGGGCAGCCGAAAUGCUGCCGAGGUUUAUGACGUGAAGGUAUCCCUUCUAAUCUACCUUGUGCCCCUUGCGAGCAAUGUUGGGCUGACAUGGUUUCUGCAGGAAUCGUUUGACCAAGGCCCCGUACACGAUGAACUGUAUCCGAAUAGGUGGCCAGACGAAGAUGAUCUUCCAAAUUUCCGGGCAUUCAUGGAAGGUUUGUACGAGCGCUGCCACAAAAUCCAUCAAGAGAUUCUCCAAGCUUUAGCACUUGGUCUUGGCCUUGACCCGGGGUUCUUUCGAGAUAUAUGUGACCAGAACACUUCAGAAGUACGCUUGAAUCACUACCCCGGGUGCGAAGCUGCCAUCCUGCGCAAGGGCGCAAAGAGGAUAUCUGAGCAUACAGACUUUGGCACAGUCACAUUGCUCUUCCAGGACUCCGUCGGCGGCCUAGAGAUAGAAGACCAGGAUGUCCCGGGAGAUUACUUUCCCAUUCCCUUUGUGAACAGGUCGGAGAUGAUUGUCAAUAUCGGUGAUUGCCUCCAGCGUUGGUCCAACGACAAGUUCCGCGCCACGAGCCAUCGCGUAGUCCUCCCUCCAGGGUCGGGUGAUGGCUGGAUCGAGGACAGAUACUCGGUGGCGUAUUUUGGGAAGCCCAAUCGGUCACAAGUUGUAGGUGCUCUACCUGAGCUUCUACCAGAGGGAGUAAAAUCCAAAUAUAGCAACAUCACUGCUUGGGAAUAUAAUCAAGAGAAACUCACUUUGACAUACUAG